CCCUCAUACUGGGGCCCUGGGGGGUUUUAAGCGGGUUCCAGGAACCCCCUGCUCAGUUCCUGGUCCCCCACUCUCCUGACCCUGCAGACCCUGCCCAGCUAUGGCUCCUGGGGCUCCCUCGUCCAGCCCCAGUUCUGUCCUGGCCGCACUGCUCUUCUCCUCGUUGGUGCUGCCCCCGGCCCAGGCCAUCGUCGUGUACACGGACAGGGAGGUCCAUGGCGCCGUGGGCUCCCGAGUGACCCUGCACUGCUCCUUCUGGUCCAGCGAGUGGGUGUCGGACGACAUCUCCUUCACCUGGCGCUACCAGCCCGCGGGGGGCCGCGACGCCAUCUCCAUCUUCCACUUCGCCAAGGGGCAGCCCUACAUCGACGAGGUGGGGACCUUCAAGGAGCGCAUCCAGUGGGUGGGGGACCCGCGCUGGAAGGACGGCUCCAUCGUCAUCCACAACCUGGACUACAGCGACAACGGCACCUUCACCUGUGACGUCAAGAACCCCCCGGACAUCGUGGGCAAGACCUCGCAGGUCACCCUCUACGUCUUCGAAAAAGUGCCCACGCGCUACGGGGUGGUGCUGGGCGCCGUCGUCGGGGGCGUGCUGGGCGCCGUGCUGCUGCUGCUGCUGCUCUUCUACCUGGUGCGGUUCUGCUGGCGGCGCCGGCAGGCGGCCCUGAGGCGGCGGCUCAGCGCCAUGGAGAAGGGGAAGCUGCACAAGUCCGGGAAGGACUCGUCCAAGCGCGGCCGGCAGACGCCCGUGCUGUAUGCCAUGCUGGACCACAGCAGGAGCACCAAGGCGGCCAGUGAGAAGAAGUCCAAGGGGCUGGGGGAGUCUCGCAAGGAUAAGAAAUAGCGGUUAGCGGGCCGGGCGGGGGCUCGGGGCGCAGGGGCGGAGGCCCCCCAGGGCGCGCAGGUGGUGGUCAUCGAGAUGGAGCUUCGCAAGGACGAGCAGAGCUCGGAGCUCAGGCCCGCGGUCAAGUCCCCCAGCAGAACCAGCCUCAAGAACGCCCUCAAGAACAUGAUGGGCCUGGACUCGGACCCGUGACCAGCCCAGGCCCUGCCAGAGCUGGGCCCGGGCUCCUGACGCCCCUCUAGGUGCUUUCCGCCUUAGCACCCAGGCUGCCCUGCCCUGCCCUGCCCUGCCCUCACUUCCCUCUGAGAUGUAAGUUUCAUUCCAAAAUUCAUUCCCCAGGCACGUCACAUUCUCCCCCACCUCCACCCCCUGGCUUUCUGGGAGUCCAGGGCCUGAUCCUACCCUGCACCGCCCCCAAGGACUGUGUGUUUGGUGCCUGUCCCUCCGGCACCGAGAAGAAAGGGACCUUGCUACCCCGCGCCUCGACUCCAGGCCACCUGCACCCCUGCCCUGCACCCAACCUGUUCCGCUGCCUCUUCCCGCUCUGACCCCCCCACCCUCCCAGGGGUCCUGCCCAUACUGUGUGCUCUCCGCUAACACCAGGACCAUCCAGAUCAGCCUCUCCUGCAGGGUUUAUUUGGGUUAUUUUUAUUUUUUUAAUCCAUGCUUGUUUGUUUGUUUGCCGGUGCCCUUGCUCUGACCCCCAUGACUGAGUACCAAUGACGUCAUGUGGAUGUUUGGGUUCCCGCCCCCAGUACAUCCUUCAGGGAGUCAGCCCAGCGCAGGCUGCUCCUGAGCACGGUCCUGGAACUCGAGGUCCUGGGGGAGGAGAGACCACGGCCCUCAGGGCAGGAGGUGAGGAAAGGGGCAAACGAGCCUUAAGACACGGCUUUUAAACAGCUAAACAGAAAGCAGGAACACAAUGGGAACAGGGUGAAAGGGAAGAGGCUACCCUCCCAGCCACAGGGGAUUCUUAGAACUUUCCUACCGUCUGUAUAUUUCUUCUCAACCCCGAAUGCCUUCUAUGUUUAAUAAACACUGACAUUUCCAGAA